CUCCCUGCCUAGCAUGAAUAUUUUCCCUAGAUUCUGAAUUCUGGUAUUUUCAGUGCUCCAGGCUCCAUGACUCCCUUGCUUCGUAUGAGGCAGUCGGUCUGAGGUGGUCGUUAGUCUUUUGCCGCGAACUUCUUAGUUUACUGCACGGUGACCGACCAGGGAAAAACAAAACAUUGAUGUCACCCGAGAAACGGCCAAGGACAGCACUUCACAUGCCCAGAAGCAGCAACCUCUGUUAUAAGGUCAACGUUUUUUGGGUAUUAACGAGUCGCGAGCGAAAAUGGAGUUAAAGCGGUGGCAGGAGGAGAUAGUGGAGAUUAAAGACUCGGACCUGGCGGCUUUAGAGACCGUGCUUUGCGGCGCACAUCCCGGCGGAUUCGCCGUUUAUCUAGAGGAACUGGAGGCGGAGCACGGCGCGUCGCAGUGCAACGUGGUGUGGACGUACGGCGCGAUCGCGUAUCGGUGCCGCGACUGCCAGAUUAACGACGCCAGUGCCAUCUGCGUGAAGUGCUUUCAGGAGGGGGACCACCGCAAUCAUGACUAUGUGAUGUACCGCAGUGAGUCAGGCGGCUGCUGUGACUGCGGGGAUCCUUCCUCCUGGAAUCCCAAAGGAGCCUGCAAGCGCCAUCGCCAUCAGGACCACUCAGCUGACACACCUAAGCCGCUGCCCGGGAAUCUCGGGCAGGUGACGGAAGCAGCUGUGGCAGCUGUGGUGGGGCAGCUGGUGCUGCAGGUUGGGCACGCUGUGAAAUUCCCACUGCAACCCCACAGGGACCUCCUGAAGCUGAUUGCCUGGCUGGACAAGAUCUCCCACGCUGCUGCCAUCAGGGACAUAGUGUGUGAGAGCAUGGCUGCACCCCUCCCUCCCGCCCUGGUGGCUGCUGUAGCGCACGGAAGUGCAGGGAGCACAGGGAGGGGUGUGGUGGGAGAAAAUCUACGGCAGUCCAGCAUAGCGGCUGGGGACGUGGGGCAGGGUGGAACCAGGGAGGGUGGAGCUGGGGAGGGGAGGGCGGGAGAGGGGAGCAUGGGGCUUGAUGUAGCAGCAUCAGCAGCAGCAGCAGAAGCAGGUGUUGGUGGUGCAGGCACCGCAGGAGAAGCAGAGAAAGAAGCAGCGGGUGCGCCAUUAUCCCUCUCAUCCCGUCCCUCCCUCUCUGCAGUCCAGUACCUUCUGGAAACGCUGUCUGCUAUGCCAGAGGACGUAGUGACCCAGCAGGCCACGCUCUUCCUGCUGCUGCUCUACAGCCACGCCUUCAAGGACGUCUUCUCAGGGCUGCUCAUACAGCAAUACCCGCACCUCGUGCUCAAUGUGCUCCACGACCACAACCCCUCGGCGCGGUUUCUCAAGAUCGAGAAGGCUCUGGACCGAGUGAUGGUGCAGCUGUUCAACAUCCCCGAGGUCACCAUGCACUGGGUGCUCUCGGGCAGUCUCCUCCAGCUUUUUGCCUCAGUCUUCUGCCGCGUCCUGCAAGCCGCCAAAACGCCAGCAGGGGUGCUUAAUUGUGAGAGCCCCAUCAUCUGGCCACGAGAAAUAGUGACACAUAGCAACCUGCAUCCGCUCUACUCUCGCCCGCUGCACGACAUGCGCCUCAUUUUCUCCCACACGCCGGUCGUCAACUACCUGCUCACUCAGAGGCUUGACGUGCUAGCUGACUUGCUGCUCACGCUCUCCCUAGUCCAGGGCAUGAACCCUUACGUGCGCUUUGAGUAUGGCGACCCCACUGAAGGCACCAGGUGGACCAAAGCCGUCACUCUCGAGAUGCUGGUGAUUGGUCUCAUCGACACCAUCACAGAGCGCUACACCUCCUCCCCGUCCACCGUCCCUACCACCAUCCUACCUCCUGCUGGGGGCACAGGGGGAGGGGCGGGUCUGGGAGAAGCAGGAGGAGGAGGCGGUGAGGGUGUGGAUGCGGAGCACGCUCUGCUGAAUGGAGCGCGGAUUGCAUUGCAAGCAUUGCUGGCAUGGUUGGUCAAGAAUCAGAUCAAGGCAGAGGACACGGGGUCCAAGUCAGUGGCCAUGUCGCUGCACCUGCCCCUGCACCGCAUUCUCGCGCUCUUCUUUGCCUCGCUUGUGCACAUUGCAGCACACGCUGUGCCUGCCGUUGCUGGGAGUGGUGGUGAUGGUGCUGCUGCUGCUGCUGGCGCUGGUGGCGGUGGCGAGGGGGGUGAUGGGUCAGGCCCAGCAGCAUCGGUGCCUCAUUUGCGUCGGCUGCUGCCACUUAACAUGCGCAGAGAGGUGCUAGCCAUCGCGGAGCACCCCCUUCGACUCUUCGCCUGGAUGGCUCAGAUCCGAGCGCGCGAGUGGCACUACCAGGGCGAGGAUCUGAGCAAGCUGGAGCGCAUCCGAGCGCGCGAGUGGCACUACCAGGGCGAGGAUCUGAGCAAGCUGGAGCGCGUGUACCGGGGGGGCUACUGGCCCGCUGCCAUGGACCUCGAUCUGCUGCUGCUGCAGCUCGUUGCCCUCUUCUCCUCUGACGCCCCUGCGGCUCUCCUCACGUCUGCCGUCAAGCACUUCAGUCUCCAUGAUACCUUCAGCAAAGCCAUCCAAUGCGCUUCUGCCACGUCAGUGUCCUCGUCAUCUGCCCCGAGUGCUGAAUGGACGGCAGCAGAGCUCAGCCGAUUGGCUGAUCUGCUCAAGCUUGUGUUGCUGAUCAUCCGAGACCCCAAGCACACAGGCUUCUCAGAGGACCAUGUGCUUCGCUACCACGUCAUUCAGUGGCUUGCAGUGCGCGACCGAACUCAUAGUGAUCUCUCCCAGCAAAUUGGGUCCUCGUUGGCCAGUCUACCCCAUUUGAACGCAGUGCUGCAAGACGUGGCAGUGCACCACGUGCCCAAGCGCCUGCAGCAGAGGGGUUACUUCCAGCUGAAGCCCUCCUGCUGGGGGGAGUUCGACCCGCUCUUCCCGCACUACUCACUCUCUGAACUAGAGGAAGCGCAGGAGCGAGCAGAGAGGCUUGCGCCCAAGGUUCCCUUCUGGCGAGUGAAGUGUCCGCAGCGACACAUGGCGCCAUUUGAUAGGCUGCCAGACAUGGCCCACACGGAGCCAUGUCACAUUGUGGUGCGUUGUGCUGUGGCAUGCGCCUCUCACUUGCUCUCUUCGCCCAACCCGGCCCACCGCACUCAAGCGGAAACCAUUGCUCUCUUGGCCACACAACUAGUGACUGUGGCUGCUACUGAUGCCAGGUCGGCUCCCAGUUGGGUGUGGAGGGAGGCCAUGGUACUUGGUUCCCCCAUCUCCUCCCCCUCCCGACCGCCCCUGCAUCCCAAGACGCCUGGCAGCAGUGGGAGCAGCGGCAGUGGCGACAGUGGGGGCGGUGGGGAGGGCGAGUGGGGGGAUUCGGAGCGGUUGCAGACGGUCAGGUGCCGGGCUGCUGCUUCUGCUGAUGAUGAUGACGAUGUGGCCUGUGUGAGCUGCUCGCCUCGUUGGCUGGAGGGCAUUUCCAAGAGUUUCAACAAGCUCCGCUCGCAAUCCCCCUCGCGCUCCUCCCUCGACCUCUUCCGCUCCUCCUCCUCCCCCUCCCAGCGCUCCCCCUCCCGCCACUCCCCCUCUCGCACCUCCCCCUCCCGCCACUCCCUUGACAUCGCCCGAAGCCUCGAUGACGCUGCUGCUACUGCUCCCCUCCCUGUUGCUGCUGCUGGUGCUGCUGCUGGUGGUGAUGUUGAUGGUGCCGAUGCUGCUGCUGGUGACUCUGACUCUGCAGCAGCAGCAGCAACCGCUGGUACUGGCUGCUUACCAUCUCCCUUGGCAGCGGUACCAGCAGCAGGGGACGAGGUAGCAGCAGCAGUCAUAUCAUGCUUACCCUUUGGUGGAGAGGCCCGGGGAGUGGCGGACGCAAAGGCCAAGGGACGGGCAUCGCCUUUUGACUCCCUCCCCAAUGUGUUUGUCUCCCUUAAGAGCAUACUACCGAAGACGGAUAACCCUCGUCUCAAGGACGCCAUCGAACAUGUGAUUUCGUCUCUCGUAGGCAGACUCAACCUGCGACCUCACGAGGCAAAGGGCGAGUCCAAGGCAGAGCAACCUGGGCGUGGAGCAGCAGCAGGAGAAACAGCUGGCGCAGGCACGCCAGCAGGAGGGGGAGCGGGCGGGGGAGCAGCAGGAGUGUCGAGGUCGCCUGGAGGGGGGAUGGGGUCGGAGGAGCAGAAGCGGCAGCAGAAGAGGCAAAGGCAGGCUGCCAUCAUGGCCCAAUUCGCUGCUAAGCAGAGCGCCUUUGCCAAGAUGCUGGAUAUGGAUGGUGAUGAUGAUGAGAUGGAGGAGGGAAAGAAGGAGGCAAGAGAUGCUGCACCGGCAGGGGCAGGGGCAGGGGCAGCAGCCAGGAAAGCCACAGCAGCUGCAGCAACAGCAGCCGAGGAAGGGGUUGGAGGGGCAGGAGAAGUGCACAGGGCAGGGGAAAGCAUGGCUGUUGAUGCGGAAAGGAGGGAAGGAUUGGAGGGGGCAGCAGGAGCAGCGGCAGCAGCAGCGGCAGGCGGCGGUGAUUCGAGAAAGGCGAGGAUUGCACCGGGGUCUCUUGCUGCCUUCACAUCUGCUGAGCCAGAGCUAUGCGGCUUCUGCCAUGCUGAGUGCCGCCCCACACCAUCAGCGCCCAUCGGGUGGGUGGCGCUGGCGCAGCCCUACAAGCUGCCAGCCAUCAUGCACUCCCGCGCCCUGCCCCUCACCGCCCCCUCCACUGCACCUGCACCUACUGCUUCUAUGCCGGCUGCUGCUACUACGGUUGCUGAUGCACUCUCCUUGACCCCCCUGCAGCCUCCGCCUCUGCUGCUGCGACCAUCCAAAAAAGCAGCGGCAGCAGCAGGCCUCUCCGCGAAACAGGCAAUGGAGCAGUUAAAGGAGCCGAAGGAGGGGUCUGGUGCUGCUUCUGCUUCUGAGCCGACUCAGAAACAGGAGGGUUCUUCUUCUGCUGCUGCUGCUGCUUCUGUAGCAGCAGAGACGGGGAUGAACCUGAAGGGGCAGGCAGCAGCAGCAGCAGCAGCAGCAGCAGCAUCAGCGGUAGUGCAGGGGUCUACGGCAGUGCAGCCUGCUGCAGGGAAUGCGAGUAAUGCAGGAGACUCGGAAUGCACAGUGGGGGUGCAGGUGGAGGGAUCUCUGGAUACGCAAGUCACAUCUCACAUCCGGUGCUGCGGCCAUCAGAUGCACUUUAAGUGCUACAGCCAGUACAUGUCGGCAUUGGUAGAGAGGGACCAAGCAGACCGACCAUACGAAGGCCGGGGCCUCAUAGAUCUGCAACAAGAGGAGUUCCUCUGCCCUGUGUGCCGCCGCCUCGGCAACCUGCUGCUGCCAGACGUCAGGAUGACUCUGCCCCUCGCCAACCCCCCACUGCGCUUUGAGGCGCCUAGAAACGUGACUUCUGCUGCGGGUGGCGCUGCUGUUGGGGCUGAUGCUGCUGGUGGUGCUGGUGCUGGUGGUGCUGGUGUUGCCGUUGCUGGUGCGGGCUCUUUUGGAAAGAAGACAAGGAAAGAGGAACGAGAAAUUCAGGCCCUUCAGAGGGUUUUGGAGCGGUUGAGAGGGGUGAAGAGGUGUCUGGACGAGGAGAGUGAGGAGGGCCGGUGGGAGGAGGAGGAGCAGGUGUGGUGGACCCGGUUCUGGACAAACAACAGCGCGCUGAGCGGCUUCCUUGUGAUAUUCUCCUGCCAGAACUCCAUGAUUCGCCACCUGCCCUCUCGUUCAACCUCUCCUGGAUACGUCUGGAAGUCUGCGUGGGAGUUGCUUGCCCUCAACAUCAUCCACCACGAGGUCGAGACAAGACACGCCGCCCUGCAAGCCAUGCUCACUUCUACAGCCGCUACAGCCGCUACAGCCGCUACAGCUGCUACAGCCGCUACAGCUGGCUCUGGGGCAAUGGCAGGAGUCGAAGCAUCGUCAGCAGCGGAUGUGGCGCGUGCAUGUGCUGGCGAGGGGUCGGACAAGGGGCAUGAGAUGGCUCUGGAUGGACUGGCGCAUCUGGCUCUACUUACCAACACCAUCAUGGCUGCAGCCCCUGUGGUGGAUCACCAGUGCUCGAAUCUGUUCAAGUGGUUGCAAAUUGAACAAGAGGAGGAUGCAGAAGCACCCAAGGAGGGACGGGGGGAGGGGAAAACUGGGAAGCGGAAAGGAGGGAAUGGGGGAGAGAGUGGGAGGCGGGGAGGGGUUGAUCAUAGGAGAGAAGGCGGGGAGGAGAGGAGCGGGAGUCAGUCUGGGAGUCCAAGUCAGGCAGAGGAUGUGGAAAUGAGAAGCGGCGGGGGUGCGGAGGGGAUGACGGAGGAAGGGGAACAGGAAGAGGGUGAUUCGUUCGAGUGGGAGGAAGUGCAAGAGGUGACAGGAGCGAGCAACCUGACAGGAGCGAGCGAUCUUGAGGCGCAGCAGGCUCUGGUCAUUCCACUGAAUGUUCAAGAGGCUAUGAUUCGGUUUGGUGGGAUGGAGGCAGGGGGAGAGGCGAGUGCGGGUGGAGGAGGAGGAGGCGGUGGAGGAGGGUUGAGAGGAAGAGGAGGGAGGUUGCCCAUGGGACUUUUCGGGGCUCUUAGUGAUGAGGAGGAGGAAGAGGAGGACGAGGAGGAGGAAGAGGAGGAGAGUGAGGAGGAGUGGGAAGAGGUGGAGAGUGGUGAGGAGUGGGAAGAGAUGGAGGAGGAGGAGGAGACUGCAGAGGAGGGAGGGGGAGUUGGGUCCGUGCCUGUAGCUGCUGAUGCUGCUGCUGAUACUGCUCCAGCGGAGGGCACUGCUGCUGGGUCUGCUGCUACUGCUCCUGCUCCUGCUCCCCCUGCUCCUCCUCCUGCACCUGCUGCUGUUGCUACAGCUGCUGCUGCUGCAACUGCUGCUGCCGGCACACAGGAGCUGGGUAUAAGGAGAAGGCAAGUGCAAACCGCCUUAGCAGCCGAGGCAGCAGCAGCAACAGCAGCAGCAGCAGGACGCGCAAGAGCAGCAGCAAGAACAGCAGGGGAAGCCGCGGCAAGGCGAGCAUUGGGAAUGGUGAGAACAAGGGGAGGAAGGGGAGAAAGGGGAGUAGGAGCACGGGGGGGAUCUAGGGCAGCAGGGGUGAGACUUGGAGCAGCCCGGCAAGGGGCAGCAAGGGGAGCACUCAGAGGAGGAGGCAGAGGAGGAGGCAGGGGAGCAGGCAGGGGGAUCAGAGGGCCAGCGCCAGGCAUGGCCCUCCCCCCAGAGCUCAUACAGGCGCUCCUAGCAGAGGGGAUCUCGCCUGCUGAGAUGAUGGCUGAAUUGCGGGAGUUGACAGCGGAGGGGGAGGAGGAGGAUGCGGAGGAGGAUGAGGAGGAGGAGGGGGAGGAGGAGGAGCGGGAGGAUUUGGGUACGGAUCCCGGGUGGAGUGUGUUGUUGGGACUGCUGUCGCAGCCUGUGCUGGCUGCUGACCCCUUUGCUGUGCUGCUGGCGAUGAUUCAGUCCAAGCAGCCCCGCCCAUCUGCCGCCACGACUCACGCCAUCCUUCUUGUCUCAUUCUGUGUGGCCAUCGCCCAAGUGCUCGCCGCCCUCCUUCCCUCCUCCCUCCUCCGCUCCUCCUCUUCUUCCUCCUCUCAUUCCUCUGCCCCCUCUCGUCCCUCCUCCUCCUCCACCACCUCUGUUCCUUUCUUGGGGAUGUUCCCGAGGCCUUCUCCUGUUUCUGCUGCCGCUGCUGCUGCUGCUGCUCUCUCGGUCUGUUCCGAACGUGCGUAUGAGGAGUGGGUUGACUUGGCUGUCCAGGCCUGCUGCCUGCCGUACCUCCGCCGAGCCUACAUUCUGAUUCACUACCUUGGCAUCAUGCCGCUCAGAGAGCCACCGCUUGUGGAUAGCCGUGUCAGAGCGAUCACGAAUCCAAAUCCCCAGAUUCUGCUCUCUGAUUGGCUGCGUCGCUCCCUUGCCCUCCCGCCUGUGGCCUCUGUGCUUCGCCUCAUGGCGUCUGCCAGCAAUGGAGCAUCAUCCUCGCACCUCCAUCACAUGUUUGCCUCAUGGAACCUCCCCUCGGAACCACCCCGGCUGGUCAGAGCUCCCACCGAGCCAUCGUUUUACCCGUUGCCGGAGAUUUACCAGGACCUUCUGCUUGCCACAAUGAAGAAGACGUGCAAGAAUUGCGGGGCGGAGCCGCCUAACCCCGCCAUCUGCCUGUGCUGCGGGGAGCUGCUCUGCUACAACUCCUCCUGCUGCCGCCCAGACGGCCGCGGGGAGUGCUACAGACACGCGCUGAGAGAGAACGGAGGCACGGGUUUGUUCCUUGUGAUGCGAUCGACGCAGCUGGUGCUGAUACAUGGGGUCCAUAUAUGUGUCGGCCUCUCCAUCUAUCUCGACUCGCAUGGGGAGGAUGAUGCCUUCAUGCGUCGUGGUCGACCCCUGUACCUAAGCCAUUCCCGACUUGCGGAGUUCCUUCGCCUUUGGAAGACUGCGUCAAUCAGCCACGACAGCCAGAUUCUUCACGCCUCUCUCUUUGGCUCAAUGAUGGGGUGAUGGUAGUAAUGUGGAGCAGGGCCCAAAAUUGGUUUUGGGCUGCCCUUUGAAAACAGGGUGGCCCAACCGAAACACCCUGUCACACAGGGUACCUAACUCAGGGUAGUCUGAUUUUUCAGGGUAAAUUUUUUGCAGCACUGUUUACACAGGGUAUAUAUAAAACCACCCUGUUCUUCAUUGCCACUGCAUUGCAAUUUAAAGCCAUUGACUACAAUAGCGAAACUGUUUUGAACUUCGGAUGGACAGGAGCUUGGGCUAUGUAUGUUGCUGACUUGACGAAAUGUAUAGUUCGACAC